AUACCAAAGUAAAACAUGCGCUUCGUGGCUUCGGAGAGACGCGAUGGCCAAACGGGACGGAAUGCAAUCACAAAGCGCUCAGCUCUGCCUAUGGCUGCUUCUGUUCCUCGCUCAAGGCCGUGCCCUGCGCACGUUCAUCGAGCCCCGCGCUCCGCUGGUGCGCGUCGGGGAAGCCCUGCAGCUGCACUGCGUCUCCCCGUGGUGCGCCGCCGCCGCCGCGACGGCGCUGCCCGUGUGGCGCCGGCCCGGGGACCGUCCCUUCGCGCCCGUGGCCGGCCGUAGCCUCCGCGUCGCCGCUCAGGGGCAGGCGGACGCGGGUGACUACGAGUGCGAGGUGACGUGCGGCACGAAGAAGCGGUCGGGCCGGGCCCAGAUCGUCGUCUACGACGUUCCAGAGGAACUGCUGAUUGAGCAGCGUCCCCCGGUGGCAGCAGGGGGCCGGUCGGUGCGGCUGACCUGCACGGUGCCCGUGGUGAUCCCGUGGAGCGUGAGCGUCGACUUCGUUUGGUACAAGAGCGACCCUGGCGGUGACUCCGCGAGAGCCGUGGGAAGGACCGAUACCAACGUGACUGUCGAUGGGGAGAGUGGCCGCCAGGCGGCAGUCGGCUGGCUGGAGGUGGACGCCCCCGGUGUGGGGCCCGGGGCGGUCUACACCUGCGUCAUCGCCAUUAACAAGCAAGAGGUCCGGGUGCAGGCCAGCCUCCGCAUCCGUGUCGCCGCUGAACCCACAGAAGCUGUCCUCCCGCCUGUUGCAACAACAGAAACAUCCGUGGAGAAGCAGACUGAGGUCGGCGCAGCGCACGCAACACCAGGAGACGACUCAAGUGUCCCCCUCGUGACGGCAGAAGCAACGCUCGGCUCCUCGGCGGACAAUCCCACGACAGAGAGCGGCGCCUUCCCCGAGGUGGCCACCGGAGCCCUGGCGAAGAGCUCCUCCCCGGGGACAGCCACGGAGUCCAGCGCGUCGUCCGGGUGGGGGCCCGCGGAGGGGAGCCAUGGCACAGAGGGGAGCCACGUGGAGGCAAACCACGUGGAGGCGAACCAUGCGGAGAGGAGCCAUGGCGCGGAGGCGAGGACGGCGGGUGAGCGCCGCGCACUGAGCGCGGUGACGGCGCGGGACGAGGAUGCGGGGGUCUACCACUGCGUGGCGACGGCUCCCGGGGCAGCACCCUCCACACGCUUCUCCAUUACCGUCGUUAGAGGUGUACAAAGGGAGAGCUGCCACGAAGCCCUUGCCACAGUCGGAGGGACCGCCAUGGGAGCAGUGCUGGGGUUGGGUGCCGGGGCAUUCAUGGUGAAGAAGCUUCUGAGCAAGUCCUACACGCUGUGCCACUGAACGCGCUACCCGUAGACAUCUCAACGUCAGUGUCUCGCACCACUGCUGUCUCCUAUGUGGACAUGAAUUGAGUAGCGACUAGAAAUGUCUAUCGGUUCUGAAUCGUGCCGCUGGCUUCAGAGCACGAAUUCCGCUCGUGUCCUCGGAGAUCGCUCGCGACGGACAAGAGUUCACAGUGACACCACAAUCGCAUUUGGGCGAUUCUAAAGUUUCCCGUUUGUUGAGAAGGUGCCUGCCUGCACCAGCCCGUGGCCAGUUCGAUACCAAUCACAGGCUAAGAUGACCGAGCCAGUCUCAUUGCGCAAUGCACGUGAAAGACAUGGUAAUGAAUAAAACUACUUCCACUUGGGGCGGCUCAUGGGAGUCUCUUUACAAGGAAAUGGAGCAGUGUGGAGGUGAAACCUUUGUUUCAUUACUACCCCAAGAGUUGUUUAAGCAGCUCUUGGGUUAGUCAGAUUUUAAAGGAAGGGAAAGCUGAUAGAUGUCGCCUAUUUAUCUUGUGUUUUAUGCGGGGCUUGUGCUGUUGCAGAGUUUUCAUUCAGAACUGAGGUCAGUCACGAAUAACGAGGUUCUCUCAAUGUUCGCACAGUUGACGCACAGUUGACCCACAGACAUCUGUGGGUCGCGUAAAGCACGACAGAUCCAGUCUCUGGGAAAACAGGGUUUGUGAACAAGUGGAUGGCAUGUAUGAAGAGUUGCACUGCAUUAAACUCUCAUAGUUCUGCUCUAA